CGAUCGCUGCCAUUCGCGAAUUUCCUUUCGUUGCGUUCGCUACAGAAAAUCUAUAUAAAACUGUUGCGCUGCGUGCGGGAAAGAGUUAUACGUAGUUUUGCCGCACGCCGAACAAGUAGGGCAGCCGUUGGACGUUUUUCGUAGCGAAUCAUCCUCGUAAACGGAAGGAAGUGCGCGAGUUUUUCGGUUGCAUUUUUGGAGCGAACUGCAUUUAUAUAUUUGCUGUAGCGUUCCUACGUUAUCGUUAAACCAGCUUUCGAAAUAAGCGUGGAAAACAAGUGCAAUUUGCCAGGUGUAACAAAAAAAAAAACGGAGAGAGUGUUCAUAUCAAUGAUUGUGCUGAAAGUGAGAGUUAAGAAUAUGCUAAACAUGAAGAUUGAAAUCAGAAAUCUGUUUCUGCUAACGAUUGUGACGGCCCUGCUGAAUUUGGCCGCGGCAACGAGUUCGGCGUCGUCCAAUAACUUCAUUAGCCUGGAUGAGUUUAAUAGUUCUCCUACGCGUCACAACCAUCGGCACCACCCGUCAACUCAUCAGCAGCAACAGCAGCCCCAGAAGGACAACUUCAUCCUGAUAGACUAUCUGAGCGAUGGUGAACGGGAACGACGCAUAAGUUGGAAUGGGAUAACUGGCAAAGAAACCAGCAUCGGUGAUGUGAGCAAAUCUCUCAGUCUAUGGCAACUAUCAGACGGCAAAAGCUUCAUCCAAAUGAUCUACACCAGCGACGGUCAGCUCAUGGAUUGCGAAUACAUACGGCAGAAGAAGCUUGUCUUUUCAUUUCUGAAUCGCUUCUACGAUGAGAUUGACCAGGCUCGUUCCCGAAACUUCACAUCGCCGCUGACGGUACCAAAGAAGCACCACUCGCUGGUCUCGGAUCACGAUUUCCGGGAGUUCAUCGAUAAUGGCAUCGUUACAUCCGAAAUGGAAGAUCUCCAGUACAGCGUACAGGAAUUCGCUAACGGACAGUCCUCCGCUGCGGACGCUCCGGAUGCCUUCGGCCUCCGAAAUCUCACCUACAUUCAGCUCACGAGCGAAGAUGAACUGCCGAAGGAUCUCCACAAACAGCUAAACUACCGAAGACUGAAGCAUCAGUGCGAUCAGAGGCACGCUCAGAUGCGAAAUCUCGCCCAUGGAUUGCAGAGUAGUGAUCCACAGGAGCAGCAGACUGCCGGCGAAACCUUGCAAAGGCAUAAGCGCGCUAUCGCCGAUUGGUUCCUAUCGCCAAACACCAAGUGGUGCGGCAAGGGACACUCAGCCGAACGUUACCAUCAGCUGGGAGGCGCGUCCCGGGCGGACAUGUGCUGCCGGCAGCAUGACUACUGUAAAUUGAAUAUUCCGGGUAUGGCCACCAAGUGGGACCUGUUCAAUUACCGUCCUUAUACGAUUAGCCACUGUAGCUGUGAUCAAAGGCACCGCCGGGAUCUGUCCAACAUGCUCCGGGUUCCCGGGACCAAGUGGUGCGGGAAAGGUUGGAGCGCGCGGAACUACGUCGAGAUGGGCGGACUAUCGAAGGCGGACCGCUGCUGCCGACAGCACGACCUGUCCUGCCCGUUUUGGAUCCUGGGCUUCGAAACGAAGUACGGCGUGUUCAACUGGCGGGUGAACACGCUGAUGCACUGCAGCUGCGACGAGAGAUUCCGCACCUGCCUCAAAAUGUCCGAUUCCAGUGAUGCCAACAUGGUUGGCAAACUCUUCUUCAACAUCGUACAAUCGAAGUGUUUCGUACUGAAGCCGGAAACCGUGUGCACCAAAACGUCAUGGUGGGGCAAAUGCGAGAAGAAAAUACGGAAAAAGCGGGCGCUGAUUCGUGAUAAUAGGAAGUACUAAAAUUUAUCGCGCCAACCCUGCUGCCAGCCCGUGGGUAGCUUCGUUCACCGUACUGCGUGGUAUAUCUCUCACUUGGCAUCAGUGGCGUCAGCAGCGUGUUUGAGAAACACUGAACGUUACACCGGGAGGUGUGAAAAUCGUCAGCACUCUGCUCACGGGUUCAUACAGUAGCUCUUGCGAAAACACUUGAGCACUAACGCGAAUCAGAGACAGGAUGCGCCGCUAUUUGGCGCCCAACACGCCAUCAGAACUGUUUUACUUUCUGGCAACCUACUUACCAAAUCAAAAAGAAAAAUUAAUAUUGCUAGCAGCAAUUAGGACUGGAAAUCCCAAGGAGCAGUAUAAUGAUGUUAUUUAUUGUGUAGACCGCUAAGUUUAUUUAUUAGUAGCACAAGCUGGUGCCCGUGGCAUCUCAAUAAUUGACUCCUUAACACAACGAUGAUUCCUAUUAAUUAUAAGAACAGUUGUAGGCGACAAAUGUUUCUCUUUUGUGUCUUAUAAAAUCAAAAAGAAAAUCGGAUGCCAACGCGAGUAGAAAGCAUUGCCAUUCUCAAGGAAAUCUAACAUCCAUCAUAACUAACGAGCAACCGGUCGAGAAUCUAUCAAAACCGUACAAACUCCAUGACAAUUUAUGCAUCGGAAGCGAUUGCAUUGUUAGUAUACUAUUGUUCUCAUCAUUUCAUUUCCAUCUAUUUAUUUUCGAAGCAUCGUGGCAUUCUAGGGCUUAAAUCAUUUAAACUAUAAGAAAGAACUGUUGAGCCAUUUUGAAAAUUUUUAGACAUAGAGCUUAACCAUAUAGACGUUUAAAUAAAAGAACCGGGAAUUUCCACGUGUAUAUAUGUAAAUUAUUGAAUUAAAAAAAAACAGGUAUUUGUAGGUUUAAAGCGAGUUACGAUAGGAAUUAACAAAACAAUAUCUCGAAAAAGUGAUACAACGUGGAUGAAUGUUUGUUCGUAAAUGAGUAUGAGCAUGAGUUUGAGAUACGCAGCUGAAAAUUAUUGAUUAUAAGUAGGUGUACUUAGGAAACUUUUUUUAAAUAUUAAAGAGAAUUAAAAUAAGGCACUUAGAAAAUAUCAAUAAAUUCAACACUGUAAAUAAAA